AUGCAGCUCCGAACUAUUCUCGUCAUCGCAGUUGCGAUCACGCACGCAGCCCCAGCCCUGGCCGUACUCGGAGAUUGUUUUGUUGGUCUUUAUGAGAAGGGGGGCAGAAAUCCAAACCAUGUAGCUGGAAAAGAGACGGAUGAAAGUGGGAUUUUCGAAUUUGCUUACAAAACCCACACAAUCGGUGUCGGGAUUACCACGUGCCAACUGGUCUGGGUUUACCCCUCGGCGCCAUCAGGCUAUGAAGUUCAAGUUAUUCCGAAAGUUGGCUACAACCCUUAUAAAAAGAGACUCAUUCCUAGCCAACCUCGUCAGAGAGGAACUGGGAGGAGACUAGAGUAG